AUGCGCGGAUUCACAACAGAAAGUGCUGUUAGGCAAAAGCGAUAUGAGGCUGACUUUAAAGAACUCGUUUCUGCGGAAAGGUGCAAGCAUCGAUUACGGCAUCUAACUGAAGAGCCUCACCUUGCUGGGACCGAGAAUAGUCGCAAGGUGGCGGAAUACCUACGCACGGAAUUUGAAAGUUACGGUUUGCAGGUUCAAGUAUAUGAAUAUCAUGUCUAUCUUCCGCAUCCGCUUGAGGUGCAUGUAGAACUUGUUUCACCGGGUCAACAUCUCGCCGUUGGCAAAGAAGCAAGUUGGGAGUGGGAUAAAGAUUCUUAUGAAACGGAGAUAGUGCCGGGAUACAACGCCUAUUCGCCGGAUGGAGAUGUGACAGCGGAACUUAUCUACGUCAAUAGAGGGUUACCUGAAGAUUACCAAAUUCUUAGGGAACGCGGUAUUUCGGUGGAAGGGAAAAUCUGUAUUGCCCGAUAUGGUGGGAGCUACCGCGGUGUGAAGGCGAAAGUUGCAGGCGAUAAUGGGGCUGUUGGGUUAAUCUUGUAUUCAGAUCCUGCUGAUGAUGGAUAUAUGCGUGGGGAUGUCUACCCUCGGGGUCCAUGGCGUUCGGAGGAUGCAGUACAGCGUGGAACAGUGAAAUAUAUCUUUCAGCACGCCAGUGAUCCACUGACACCCGGCUGGGCAGCGACUAAAGAUGCCGAUAGACUCUCGAUUGCUGAAGCCACAGAUCUCCCGAAGAUUCCUGUAGUUCCGCUUGCUUAUCGAGAUGCUAAACCGUUUCUAAAAGCACUCGCGGGACCGAAUGUUCCUUCAGAAUGGCAGGGUGGCUUGCCUUUUGCUUAUCACAUCGGACCGGGACCGGCGAAGGUUCGCAUUAAGGUGCGUUGUGAACACAGCAACCGUCCGAUUUACAAUGUCAUUGCGACGUUAGAGGGGACGGAAUAUCCAGACCAGUGGGUAAUCUUAGGGAACCAUCACGAUGCUUGGGUUUACGGUGCGGCGGAUCCGGGCAGCGGGACAACGGCACUAUUAGAGAUUGCGCAAUGCUUGGGUGAACUCGCCGAGAAAGGCAUGCGUCCGAAGCGGACAAUCGUUUUCGCUGCAUGGGAUGCCGAAGAAUUCGGUAUUCUCGGUUCAACAGAAUGGGUUGAGGAUUUGAGAUCGACCCUGCAGCAAAAAGCUAUUGCGUAUCUUAAUGUCGAUAUUGCUGCGACCGGUGGACGCUUCUAUGCGAGUGCAAUCCCCUCGCUACGAGAAUUGAUUCGCGAAGUAACACGCACUGUCGUUGACCCGGGAACGCUGAAACCGGUUUACGAGAGUUGGAAAGUAGCACAGGACAAGGAGAUACCGCAGGUCGGUAAUCUCGGAAGCGGUUCGGAUCAUUCGCCAUUUGUUGGGCAUGCGGGUAUCCCCGCAGUCAGUAUGGGCUUCAGUGGUGCUUACGGGGUCUACCAUGCUAUGCAAGAUAAUUUUUACUGGAUGGAACAUUUCGGUGAUCCGACAUUUCAGUAUCAAGCGGCGAUGUCGCGGAUCUGGGGGGCCCUUGCUUUACAACUUGCCAACGCUGAUAUUUUGCCCUUUGACUAUGAGACUUACGCGACGGACCUGAUGACGCCGCUGAAACUGUUGCAAAAUUCCGGUUCAGAAAACAAAAUUGCUAAGGGAGUUAAGGCGUUAGACGAUCUACUCACGGAAUGGCAACAAGUGGCAGGUUUGCUGAACCAAGGGCUUGUGCGUUAUCUUGCUUCCGACGAUCUGUCUCGGAUUGCGGAAAUAAACCAGCAGUUGUAUCAGUUGGAGCGAAAUUUGAUAAGUGAGGCGGGUUUACCACUGCGUCCGUGGUUCAAGCAUCUUAUCUAUGCACCGGGGCUUAAUACAGGUUAUGCAGCGGUCGUUUUCCCUGGGGUCUUAGAUGCCAUAGUGCAAGGAGAUGAUGCCGCGGUACAUGCCGAAAUUAAUAAGUUGGUUGCAGCAUUUACACGGAUGAUUCAACAGAUUAAUGAAAUCCGAGAAAUGCUAUAA